CGUGGGCGCGCACCCUCGUGACGGCGGUCGGCCGCGAGGACGACGGCGCCAGCACGACCACCCGCCUAAUGCGGUAUUGCCCACACAUGUGGACGGUCACAGCCGUAAACCUCGCCGCAGCUCGCGGCUACCUUGAUAUCUUACAGGCCUUGCACGCUGCAGACCAUCUCCAAACAAGUCCCGACGCCCUCAACGAAGCUGCUGCUAAUGGACACCUCGACGUCGUCUGCUUUCUCCACGAGCAUGGUCAGAGCGGUUGCACAGUGCGGGCAAUGAACGGUGCUGCUCGGUCCGGACACCUCGACAUCGUUCGAUUUCUGGAUACGCACCGAAGCGAAGGCUGCACGGUCACGGCAAUGAACGCUGCGGCGAUCAACGGCCACUUGGACAUUGUAGAGUACCUUCACGUGCACCGAGACGAGGGCUGCACGACGAGCGCCAUGGACGGCGCGGCCAAGAACGGCCAUCUUCCUGUCGUGACGUUCUUGCAGACGCACCGAGACGAGGGCUGCACGACGGACGCGAUGGACGGCGCGCUCUUGUACCACCACGUGGACAUUGCAAUGUAUCUGCAUUUGCACCGAGAGGAAGGCUGCACGCCCCACGCUUUGUACGCCGCCGCGUACGAAGGCGAUUUGGUCAACCUCCGCUUCCUCUGCGAAACGCGGCUCGAGCCAUUCCGGCAAGACGUUCUCGACGCAGCCGUGACCCAGGGCCACGUGCCCGCGCUCCACUACUUGCACUCCGUGUGGCGCGUCGACGCCAUGACGGCGAUGACAAACAUAGUCGCGGCCCACGCCCAAGAUUGGCGCCGCCGCCUCACGAAAGCAUAAAUGCAACGUGUUGAGUGAUUAC